UUUCUCCAACCUGAUGAACUGUCCAGUGUCGCUGCGCUAGCAAAUCCAUCGCUGCCAGUUCUUGUCAUGUUUUGAGAGCAACAGGGGUGUUUUUUCCCCACUGGAAUACAAGGAGACACUACCACACAAUGCUGUUAACGAAGUCUACGUUUCAAGGUGCUUAAAUUGCCGUGGGAAUAGACCAGUAGGAUCAACAACAGUUCAAAGUAUUUGCUCAAUGCCCCCCAGUCGGCAAGAAUAGCCUUCCAGUUCCCAACAUCACACCACAUCCAUGUUGACUGCGGCAGCCUUUCCACUGGGUCCAGGGCUACAAACACCACAACCCCUUUGUUCUUCCGUGGCAAAGAUACGGUUAAAUUGCAGCGGUUUGUGGAAGGACCAUCGGAUGUUACAAUGUACAUCCCUGUUUUCAGCCUGAAGGAUUGUUUACGCAUUAAAAUGGCUGCUGAAAUGGUAUUUGGAAGAGAGUGGUCUUGAGUCAAUGCAGUAACGUUACAUUACCUAGCAGAGGCCAAACUGCCAGUACGCUACACAGUCUAACGAAUGAUGUGUUAGCUAGUCACAGUAUUCAACGAGUUGGCUGCUUAAUUAGCUUUAAUCGAUGGUCGGCUUUUUCGGUAGCUUCCAACGAGAGGUAGGGUGAAGGGAAAUCCUCCCACUACAAACCUAUGCAUGCGGUUAAACAAGCAGCCUUUAAAAACACGUCGCUAACAUUACGUUUUUAGCCGUUUUGCGUCGUAAACAGGCUUAGCUAAGCCUUAUUGUGAGUAUGCCUAACACUCAACGAAUAUGCAGGACUUCUUUGUUAUAAUUAAAACAGCCUGAGUAGCCGAGGCUUUCUCCCAAAGCAGACCUAAAGGCCCCGGUCUGUUACUCGGCUUGGUCGACCUGGCGAAAAAAAUGGAUCCUGGGGGGAAAUGUAAGAAUGAACUCUUUCUUUUUGGACCCAAACUAGCCACCCACGGCGACCUGCGAGGUAUCAACAGAUACUUGGUGGUCUAUGUUUUGUUUUACUUUGUGCUGUACACUCACGCCUCCCCGGCGAAACCGUGCGACAAGAAUUGUCUCUCUGGGAAAUGUAUCAACGGAACCUGCGUCUGUGAUCGAGGAUGGGUUGGAGACCAGUGCCAGCACUGCCAUGGCAGGUUCAAGUUGACGGAGCCCUCGGGAUACCUCACCGACGGUCCAAUCAACUACAAGUACAAAACAAAGUGCACGUGGCUCAUCGAGGGCUAUCCGAAUGCGGUUCUUCGAUUAAGAUUUAACCAAUUUGCCACAGAAUGUAGUUGGGACCAUAUGUACGUCUAUGAUGGAGACUCCAUAUACGCCCCGCUGGUUGCUGUUUUCAGUGGUCUCAUCGUGCCAGAGAUACGAGGAAACGAGACGGUUCCCGAGGUUGAGACGACUUCGGGCUACGCACUGCUCCACUUUUUUAGCGACGCUGCCUAUAACCUGACGGGGUUUGAAAUAUUUUACUCGAUCAACUCUUGUCCCAAUAACUGCUCUGGCCACGGGAAGUGCACGCCUGGUAACUCGGCCGCCAGCAGAGUGUACUGUGAAUGUGACAAGUACUGGAAAGGCGAGGCCUGUGACAUCCCAUACUGCACGAACAACUGCGGCAGCCCCGACCACGGCUACUGCGACCUCACCGGGGAGAAGUUGUGCGUCUGCAAUGACAGCUGGCAAGGCCCAGACUGCUCUCUAACUGUACCUUCAACCGAGUCCUUCUGGGUUCUACCGAGCGUCAAGCCCUUUGGCACGUCACUCGCCAGAGCUUCCCAUAAGACUGUAGUGCAAGAAAAGGUCAUGUGGGUCGUGGGCGGAUACACCUUCAACUACAGCUCCUUCCAGAUGAUUCUCAACUACAACCUGGAGAGUGGCAUCUGGAACACAGUUCCCAUCAACAGUGGACCGGUGCCAAGAUACGGCCACUCACUCGCUGCCUGCCAGGACGAUCUCUACAUGUUCGGCGGGAAGCUGGAGGCGGGCUGGGGGAACGUGACGGACGAGCUGUGGGUGUUCAAUGUACCCAGUCGGACGUGGCAGCGGAGAAACCCUGUGGUCGGGCCCCCGGCUCAGGCUCAGAUUUACGCCGUGGAGGGUCACUCGGCCCACUGUGUGCCGCUGGACGAGGGCGAGGCCAUCAUGCUGGUCAUCUUUGGCUACUCCCCCAUCUACAGCUACGUCAGCAACGUUCAGGAGUACAACCUGAGGUCCAACACAUGGCUGGUGCCCGAGACUUAUGGUGCCGUUCCCCAGGGAGGUUACGGCCACAGCAGCACGUAUGACGUUGCCAGUGGGAGCGUGUAUGUUCAUGGAGGCUAUAAGGCACUGCCAGCCAACAAAUACGGCCUUGUCGAUGACCUCUACCGCUAUGACGUUAACACCCGGACAUGGUUCAUUCUGAGAGAGAGCGGCUUUCCACGGUACUUGCACUCCGCUGCGCUCCUCAGCGGCACCCUGCUCUUCUUUGGCGGCAACACACACAACGACACAUCUCUCAGCAACGGGGCCAAGUGUUUCUCUGCUGACUUCCUCGCCUACGACAUCGCUUGUGACGAGUGGCGACUCCUGCCUAAACCAGACCUGCACAGGGAUGUCAACCGCUUUGGUCACUCCGCUGUGGUCAGCAAUGGGUCCAUGUAUGUGUUUGGGGGCUUCUCCGGCGUGCUGCUCAACGACGUGCUGGUUUACCGACCCCCCAGCUGCCAGGCCUUCUUGGCAGAGGACGGGUGUGUGAAGGCUGGGCCAGGGGUCCGCUGCAUCUGGAGCCGAGGUCGCUGUCUGCCCUGGGAACCCAGCAUGGCUAAUGGAAGCCUCAUUCCUGCACCAUUCUGCCCCCUUAAACCUGUCACAGUGGAUGAGCGAUGCUACCGGUUCUCAGACUGCGCAAGCUGUACAGCCAACACCAACGGGUGCCAGUGGUGUGAUGACAAGAAGUGCCUCUCUGCCUCCAGCAACUGCACCUCUAACGUGAGGAACUUCACCGAGUGUCCAAUGCGGAACGAGCAGGUGUGCAGCAAGCUCGCCAACUGCAAAAGCUGCUCGCUGAACCUCAACUGUCAGUGGGACCAGAAUCAGUCAGAGUGCCACGCUUUGCCUGCUCAGCAGUGCAGUGAGGGAUGGAGCCAGGUGGGCGAGGCCUGCCUGAGGAUCAACUCCAGCCGUGAGAGUUAUGACAACGCCCAACACUACUGCAAGAACCUUAAUGGAAACAUCGCUUCACUCACCACCUCCAAGCAAGUGGACUUUGUGCUUGAGGAGCUGAAGAAGCUCCAGCAACAAGACAAGCGGCUGUCUCCCUGGGUGGGCCUGAGAAAAAUCAACGUGUCGUACUGGGGCUGGGAGGACAUGUCUCCCUUCACCAACAGCAGCCUGCGCUGGCUGCCCGGCGAGCCCAGUGACUCUGGUUUCUGUGCUUACCUGGAGGAGACUCAGGUAUCCGGCCUUAGAGCCAAUCCAUGCACAGCCACUGCCCACGGCCUCAUCUGUGAAAAAGCUACCGGAAACCCCAAUCAGAGUACCCGUCCAUCCUGUAAGAAGCCUUGCUCGCUGCACACCAACUGUGCCAACUGUACCAGCCAGGCCAUGGAGUGCAUGUGGUGCGGCAGUGCGCAGCGCUGUGUCGACUCCACCGCCUAUGUCAUCUCUUUUCCCUACGGCCAGUGUCUGGAGUGGCAGACGGGAGACUGUGUGGCCCAGAACUGCUCAGGCCUGCGGACAUGUUCCCAAUGUUUGGAGCAGCCCGAGUGUGGCUGGUGCGGAGAUCCCAGCAACACCGGGAAGGGCUUGUGCACGGAGGGCUCUUACCGGGGGCCGAUGAAGAGACCGACCAAGCAGGGCCAGCAGGUCCAGCCCUCGGACAUGAUCCUGGAGCCGGGCAUCUGCCCCAAAGACAAGGGCUACGAGUGGGCCUUCAUUCACUGCCCCGAGUGCCAGUGUAAUGGCCACAGCACGUGUGUGAACGGCAGUGUGUGCGAACAGUGUCGCAACCUCACCACCGGUCCUCACUGCCAGACCUGCAUGCCUGGCUACCAUGGGGACCCGACCAAUGGCGGCAAAUGCCAGGCCUGUAAGUGUAAUGGUCACGCAAGUGUGUGCCAGGUGUUAACUGGCAAGUGCUUCUGCACCACCAAGGGGAUCAAAGGAGACCAGUGCCAGCUAUGUGACUCAGAAAACCGUUACCUUGGCAAUCCACUCAGAGGAACCUGCUACUACAACCUCCUGAUCGACUACCAGUUCACCUUCAGUCUCAUCCAAGAAGACGAUAAUCACUACACUGCCAUCAACUUCAUGGCCUCACCUGAGCAGGCGAACAAGAACCUGGACAUGUCCAUCAAUGCAUCCAACAACUUUAACCUCAACAUCACCUGGUCGGUGGGAUCAACAGCUGGAACCAUCUCCGGGGAGGAGGUGCCCAUCGUGUCCAAAACCAACAUCAAGGAAUACAGAGACAGCUUCUCCUGUGAGAAGUUCACCUUUAGAAGCAACCCCAAUAUUACCUUCUAUGUCUACGUCAGUAACUUCUCAUGGCCCAUCAAGAUCCAGAUUGCCUUCUCCCAACACAACAGCAUCAUGGACCUUGUGCAGUUCUUUGUUACAUUUUUCAGUUGCUUUCUAUCACUGCUCCUGGUGGCGGCAGUGGUUUGGAAGAUCAAACAGACCUGCUGGGCUUCACGACGGAGAGAACAACUGAUGAGAGAGCGUCAGCAGAUGGCCAGUCGUCCAUUUGCCUCAGUUGCGCUCGCACUGGAUGCCAGGGGAGAAGAAACCGAACCUUUGCAGCCUGUGGUUGAUGGUGCACCCAAACCUGUUGCGAUGGAGCCAUGUUCAGGAGGCAAAGCUGCCGUGUUGACUGUCCUCAUGCGUCUGCCCUCCGGGCUCUCAGACCUACCUCCACCUGGACAGUCAGGACUCAUCGUUGCCAGUGCGCUGAUAGACAUUUCACAGCAGAAACCAACAGAUUUUAAGGACAAGUCCUACGGUUUAAAGAACCGAAAAGCCCAUCCUCCAGCGCACCAAGGCACCUGCGUCUGAGUCUCAACCCCGUCAAUCCAGUUGGAGGCCUUUCCAGAGACACGACAUGGCUCCAUGUACACGAUUACAUUUGGCUGCUACCACUCAAGUUUUCACUGAAACUUGUCAAGUCCACAAGAGCACAACUCUGCUUACCUUUUCCUGACCGGCCCUUUUUUUUUUUGCUUGCUCUAAUCUGCAACCUCUGCUCACAUGAAUCCUUCUCCGAUCUCUGGAGCGACUUUUGCUCCACCCACACGGGCCCAAAAUCUCUUCCACCUGUGUCGUCUCCGCUAAGAGGGAACCUGCCUGAUCAGUGGCAUCAGAGACAGAUUUAUCAGGAGGACGUGCUCCUGUCGAAGCUUCAGUCGUGAAUAAUCUUUGUGACACCUCCAUUGUCCAUUUUGCUCAGCAUGAAGGAAAAGCAAAAAGGUGUCUGUACAUUUGGUCGUAUCAAAGUUUAACUGAUAUUCCCUCACGCCGUGUUGGAAAUACAAGAGAUGGGUUUAAAAAAAUUUUAAAAGAUGGCUGGUAGAUAUCCAGCACAUGCUGCCUAUGGGGGGGGGUUUUGUUCUUCUUUUUGCUUUCCAACAAGUGGUAUUCUAUGGUGCUAAAGCAUUUAGUUCUUAUGCGAAGCCUUUGCUGAAAUCAUUCUGCCUUCUCACGGGGAAAGCUAUGCGCUAAGCCAGGACUCUUUCUAACACCCCCGUGAUAGUGUUUUGACAACGAGAUUAUUUUGUCACACCACUUUGCCAAUUACCAUUUAAUGAUCUGUUUUAGCAUUUACUGUACAUAGGUAUCAUCCACCCAGCUGAAGCUAAAGUCUGUAUUUUUGUCUGUGGAAUACAUUAUACAAAUGCUGCAGAGACACGAGACCGCAAACACUUACCAGCGGCAGGUGGGUGGAGACUGCAAACUGGAAGAGGCACGAACAAAACCCAUCAAAACCGAAGCAUGGAAAUCUCCAAAAAAUUAUGAAAAGUUAGAUGCAUUUUAUUUUCAUUAGCAAACUGGAUGUUUUUUUGUUUUUUUCAGUGUGCUCACUGUUACAAAGAAGUUACAUUAUGCAGAGAAACACGGAAGUUCUGGUCGAUCUUUACUGUUACUGUUAUCAUGUCAUUUUGCUGUGCGACUUGGACAUUAGGUUUUGAACUCGCCCUUGGAUUGGUGCGGCGGGCGGAUGCCAUUGAAGAGAGAGAGAGAGAGAGAGAGAGAGAGAGAGAGAGAGAGAGAGAGAGA